GGUGCUUCCCCAUUUUCGGUAGGAAAAUCCACGCCGACCAUUGACAUUAUUUGUUCCAUGCCUCCACCGGCCAUGUAAACGAAUUCUUGAUGCGUGAAACGGCCAAGCAGCAGGGCGUACGACUGGUGGGGGAGAUGCGGCCGUGUGUGGGCUGCGUGAGGCGAAGGGCAGGCGGGCACCGGUGCCGCAGCGUGGCACCCGCGCGGCGGUACCGUUCGGCAAAGUCCACAUCAACCUCACGCGCCCGUUCUCUGAUGCGCUGGAAGGCAGCACUCGGUAUUUUAGGAACUGAGCCACCCGAAUUAUCGAUCAAGCGCAACCCUCCGUUCCCCCUUCCCCCCUCACGAAAUCCGCAUGGCUCGGUGAGACGAGAAUCAGGGAUUUCGCCAGUCAUAGGCGGCGGCUCGCAACGGACACGUGGCGACAGCGAAGAGGAAGUCAGACUCGAGGAAGGAGAGCUUGGAGGAGUCCCGGGCAAGGCCACAACAACAGCAGCAGGCGGAGAUGGUGACACUGGCGAUGUCGCCACCUUGGCCGCCAUCGGCAGGGGUGUGACUACCGCAGCCACCGCCGACGCCGAUGAUGCCGUCGCUCCCUGUACAUGGAACGAGUGGGAACCAACCAAUGCCUCCAUCGUUGCGGAGGGAUCGUCGACAACAGCACCCGCAGCAGGCGUGGCGCUUUCCAGAGGGUGCAGAGAGCGAGGGUCAGCGACUGAGACCUCGGUGGUAUUAUAG